UCAUAACUAUCAUCUUCAGCAGCCAAAUUCAGCUUACAGCAUUCACACUAGCAUUAUUCUUUCCUCUGUUUCCUUUAAUGAAGCAUCAGGAACAUCAAAAUACAAAAUCAAAUACAGAAUACAACACAGUCCUACAACUUCAUGAAUGAAAGGGAGCAGACGGAAGAACAAUGUUCUUGUUUUGUGCCUUAUUGUAGGUAUACAUCUAAUUUUUAGUUCAUUUAAAGCUAAUGAUGGUUAAGAUGUGUGCUUUAAAUUCAGUUUGCUCAUGAGUCAUUGCUCAUUAGUCGACUAAUCGGAAAAAACAAUCGGUGAUUAGUCGACUAUUAAAAUAAUCGUCUGUGGCAGCCCUAUUCUGCACAAUUUCCUAAAAUCCAUAAGGUGGGAACAACCAAAUUUAAGAAAAACAAAUUAUUUUUAUAUCCAAAUUUGCCCACAAUUAAUAGGAAAAAAAAUUGACAAAUUCAAGUAAACUUUAUUUACUUGAGUUUAAUUUUGGUAAAUUGUAACAGCAAGGAGAGUAGUCUUUAAACGCUGGGAACAUGAAGAAUGCUUACUGGACAGAACCAUCUGAAAGAUAGCAGCAAAUAUAAACACAGAUGCUGCUGGUCAAACCACCUUCAUGUCAGCAAUGUCUCAGAGGGAACAUCUAGUCUCACGGUGAGAGGUCAGUGUCUACGUUUUGAUGGUUUUGGAGGUCCACCAUGAAGUACCGUACGGUGGUCAUGUACGUGGAGCUGGGCUGCUUCGUGUCCUGCCUCUGCGGCUGGAUCCUGGUGUGCUCCACUCUUCCCACAGAGUACUGGACCUUCUCUGAGGUGGGCAGCAUCGUGCUCACCACCUCCAACUACUACUCCAACCUGUGGAGGGACUGCAUCUCCGACACCACCGGGGUGUCCGACUGCAAAGACUACCCGUCUAUGCUGGCUCUGCCGGUGUUCCUGCACACCUGCAGGGCCCUCGCCGUCUCCGCCGUCAUCACCGGCUUCUUUGGGGGGGUCCUUACUUUGGUAGGAAUGAAAUGCACUAAAAUCGGGGGAACAGAAAUCAUAAACGCCAGGGUGACGUUUUCCGGGGGCGUCACAUAUCUGGUUUCAGGAUUCUGUGGCAUGAUCACCUACUCCUGGUGGGCCAACAAAGUCGUGUCGGAGUUUGUGGAUCCAAACUUCAAGGCACAAAAAUUUGAAAUUGGAGCUGCAGUUUUCAUUGGAUGGGGAGGCUCCAUCCUUCUCAUUUGUGGAGGCUCGGUUCUGGUUUACUUCUGUGGAAAAGAAGGCCUUAAAUCCAGCGGGGCGAAGAAUAAACGGAGACCGGCGACCUACGCCACAGCUCGCACCAGACGGACGUACAUGCAGCCGCCGACGGUGUCCAGGGUGACCCCGAUGCCGCCCCUGUACCACGCCGGCAGGUCGAGCCGGGCGUCCAGACCGGCAACACAAACCGCUCCAAACUACAGCCGGGACACCUUUGUCUGACCCAACGUGGGAGUAGAAAUGAAUCGUUGAUUUUGGUUUUUAUAUCGCAAGUAAAGCGUAUUUUUCUGUUUAUUUAAAGUUGACCUAGCUUAAUUUACGAAAAAUGUAAUUCAUUUUAUUGAAAGCUACAUUAAUAAAAAAGUUUUUUUGUACAUUUAAGUGAGUAAAACAGAAUGUUUUAAAGUCUAUUCAUCAAAUAAUGAUGAAAAUAUUUUUUUCCUCACUAACUUUGGCUAGCUAAACUCCUAGCAAACGCUAAAAAAUGUAAUCGGUUAUAGAUCAACGUAAAGUUGUUUUUUUGUUGCUUGUUUAUUGCAACUGAGAACUGGACCUAGUGAGUUUGACAUCACCCAUGAACUCCAACAAAACUAAGUCAAUUCGUUUGGCUUUUUUUUUGUGGCGGUACAGCCUAAAUGUGAAAAUCCAGUCAGGGGGGCGGGGCUUGGGGGCAGGACUGUUAUCAUUACAAAUCAUGAUGUCAGACUUCUGAAACUUUAAC